AUGGCCUCACUGUCUCAGCACCUAGUCAAGAUGGUAUCUGCCCGCCAUGGCCCCUUUCUCUUCCGCAUAUUUUCCUUAUUCCCCCAGCUUUCCCUCUCCCUCCACCAAGACUACUUCUCUGCCCGUCGCCUGUUCUCUUCUCUUCUACGUGCUUCCUUGGUCUGUCAAUUCUGCUCGCUCAGCUGUGGGUGCACAGUCCCAAAAAAAACAGCCACCGACCGUCUACUCGUGACAUACCACUUCAUUAUUUCGCGGUCUUGUAGUCUCAUUUCUCAGCCUCCGCACCCUCGCCGUCCCUUCAAUCCCGCCGAGUUCGACGAUGAAGCCGACUCUGGCGAGGAUGACAUUAUUGCGGCUAUUUCUAGCGAUUUAGAGCGGGGCGAUGCUAUAUAUGAGACGGAUCUAACGGAGCUAGAAGACGUUUCCAGCCCACGAAAACGUCUCCGAUCCGACGACAACCUCGCCUUGGAGCCGGAGGUCUCUUUUGACGCUAGAGAGCUCUAUGUGGACCCACUAGAUGAGGGUGGGGUUGAUCUCUCUGAAAUCCCCGAGGAUUUCGACAAAGCACCGGGUACUAUUGAACGACGAGAGCGGAUUGAGAGUCGGUGGAAAAGGUACUGUCUUAGCCAAGUGCGAAAUAGGCCUAAUAAGCCAAAAUGGCGCGAGGCCGAGGAGGCGCUGCGCUAGGCGUCGAACAAUAAUAUGUAUCGUUUCCUACGCUGGUGUCUCUAGCUCGAGCGAGGCGAGGACGGUCGACAUAUAAAGGGUAUUAAUAAAGCUAGCAUAUUUGAGACCGACUAGAAAAACCUUCGCUGUUACUAUCA